UGAGCCGUGCGGAGCUGCGUUCACUUCGGGAGGGACUCAAACCCUCCAGACCUAUUUUUAGACCAAUGGGGGGAAACGAAGGGGCUUGAGGAAAACUGCAGAGGAGAAAGGAACCGGGACUGGACCGAGCUGCGAUGAGCUCGCACAGCGCCGCGGAGUGACGAGGGAGAAAACUAAGAACCCCAAAGUUUUUCUUUUUACCGAAGCUCGACGCUUUUGGCUGCAGAGAGAACUGAACUUUGACUCGGUGGCCUCCGGAGCAGCAGCAGCGGCGCAGCACCAAUGGCUUCCCAGUGCCCAGACACUCUCAGCGGAUACUUGCAGCAGCAGCAGUCGGACCAGGGCUCGAACAGCGAGCGGAGCACCGACUCCCCUCUGCCCGGCUCCGAGGAGGACCUGAGCGGACCGCAUCCGCUGCCCGACCCGGAGUGGACCGAGGAGAGGUUCCGGGUGGACCGUAAGAAGUUGGAGGUCAUGUUGUUAGCUGCCACAGAGGGGAGAGUCAACGGCGGGGAGGACUUCUUCCAGACGAUCAUGGAUGAGACCCAAACGCAGAUAGCCUGGCCGUCCAAACUGAAAAUUGGAGCCAAGUCCAAAAAAGAUCCUCACAUCAAAGUGUGCGGGAAGAGGGAGAAUGUGAGGGAAGCCAAAGAUAGAAUCAUGUCAGUCCUCGACACAAAGAGCAACAGGGUGACGCUGAAGAUGGACGUCUCCCACACAGAGCACUCCCACGUUAUCGGCAAAGGCGGCAACAACAUCAAGAGGGUGAUGGAGGAGACGGGCUGCCACAUCCAUUUCCCCGACUCCAACAGGAACAACCAGACAGAGAAAAGCAACCAGGUGUCCAUCGCAGGGCAGCCAGGAGGGGUGGAGGCGGCUCGAAUGAAAAUAAGGGAGCUGCUCCCUCUCGUGUUGUCAUUCGAGCUCCCCGCCAUCAUGCAGUCCGACCCCAGCUCCCCCACCGUGCAGCACAUCUCGCAGACCUACAACCUCACAGUCUCCUUCAAGCCCCCGACACGUCUCUACAGGGCCACGGGCGUGGUCCGCGGCUCGCAGAACAACGCCAACGCGGUCAAGAGAGGUACAGCUCUGUUGUUAGAGCACCUGGCUGGCAGCCUGGCGAGCACCAUCUCGGUCACCACCCACCUGGACAUCGCACCGCAGCACCACCUCUUCAUGAAGGGCCGCAACGGCAGCAACAUCAAGCACAUCACCCAGAGGACGGGCGCCCAGAUCCACUUCCCUGACCCCAACAGCCCCCAGAAGAAAUCCACCGUCUACAUCCAGGGCACGAUCGAGUCGGUCUGCCUGGCACGGCAGUAUCUCAUGGGCUGCUUGCCUCUGGUGUUAAUGUUUGACAUCAAAGAGGACAUCGAGGUGGAGCCUCAGUGUAUCACAGCACUUAUGGAGCAGCUGGACGUCUUCAUCAGUAUCAAACCAAAGCCAAAGCAGCCCAGCAAGUCUGUGAUCGUCAAGAGCGUGGAGAGGAACGCAGUGAACAUGUAUGAAGCCCGGAAAUUCCUCCUGGGCCUGGAGAGCAACGGGGUGUCGUGCUCCUCUCCCUCCGUGGCCCUGAACCCGAGCAGCAGCGGCCCGUCCCCGUCCCUCAUCUGCCCCGUCGGCCUGGACAUCCUGGCCUCAGCUGGCCUGGGGCUGAGCAAUCUGGGUUUCCUGGGUGCAGCGGCGGCCCACUCCCUCGCCAACUCGGCGGCACCGAACGCCCUCCUCAACAGCUUGAACUCGUCCAUGAGCCCUCUGCAGAGCCCGAGCCCCAGCACCCCCACACCCCCCUCCCUGUGGCCCAGUUCACUCACCAGCACCCAAGGCUUCACGUCUCAGCUGAUGCUGCACCAGGCCGCCCAGGCCACCCUGAACAGCAUCCUGCUGUCGAGCGUGCAGGGUUACACACACAGCACGCCGUCCCCUCCCCCGGGCCUGGCCCCCAUCGACAAGCAGCCCAACGGGGUCCCUGACUGCAGCAAGGGCUCCUGCACUCUCAAUGGACACGUCAAGCACCCUGGCUCAGUCUAUGGGAGGAUGUCGACUGCGUCACUUGCAGAAACAGUUUUGAAUCCAGCUCCAUGUGAUUCGGUCCAAGAGGCCAGCGGACACAACCCGUCUGAGCCACUUUCCAGCAAGUCCAGCCCGGAUGAAGGCUCUGACACGUUUGUGGAGGUGGGCAUGCCCCGGAGCCCCUCGCACUCAGCUAAUGGGAACGAGCUGAAACAGAUGCUUGCUUCGUGCAAGACGUCAUCAGGGAAGCGACAGGCGGUGGAGCUGCUGCAGGGCACCAAGAACUCUCAUCUACAUUCAGACUGUCUCCUCUCGGACGCCGAGUCCAGCUCGUCAGACAGUCCCGUAGCGGACAAGAGGGCGCCGGGCAGCGAGCGGGCGGCCGAGCGAGCGGCGCAGCUGAACGAGAGGGAGAGAAUCCGGCUGUCACCGCAGGAGGCCUUCGCCAACAUGCAGGCUUUUGACUAUGAACAGAAGAAGCUGUUGGCAACCAAAGCCAUGUUAAAGAAGCCUGUGGUGACUGAGGUGCGGACCCCGACCAACACCUGGAGCGGCCUGGGCUUCUCUAAGUCGAUGCCAGCUGAGACCAUCAAGGAGCUGCGAAGAGCCAAUCACGUGCCCUACAAGCCCAGCAUGUGCACCACAUUCGAGGGGUCCCCGCUGUCCUUGUCGCGAUCCGGCAGCCGGGAGCUUCUGGGGAACGGCAGCGAGUCGGAAAACUGGCGAGACAGAAACGGUAACGGGCUGCCGGGUCACCCAGAGUUCCCCACCGCCAUCGGCAGCCCCAAGAGGAAGCAGAACAAAUCUGCUGCGGAGCAUUUCCUCAGCAGCAGCAACUACAUGGACUGCAUCCCCUCGGUGCCUGGCAGCAACGGCUGCAGCCUGAGCUCAUCUCUCAAAGGCUCCGACCUGCCCGAGCUGUUCAGCAAGCUCGGCCUGGGGAAGUACACGGACGUCUUCCAGCAGCAAGAGAUUGACCUCCAGACGUUCCUGACUCUGACGGACCAGGACCUGAAGGAGCUCGGCAUCACCACCUUCGGCGCCCGCAGGAAAAUGCUGCUCGCCAUCUCGGAACUAAACAAGAACCGGAGGAAGUUAUUCGAGCCGCCCAUCAGGUCCUCUUUCCUGGAAGGGGGGGCGAGCGGCCGCCUCUCGCGCCAGUUCCACGCCGACAUGGCCAGCGUGAGCGGGCGGUGGUAGUCGCCUGCGGACGUCCAGCCCGUCUCUGAACCGUCCACGAUGGAGAUCAGCAUCAAGCCUCAGCAGCCCAGGGUGCAGCGGCUGUUUCCCUUCUUUCAGCUGAAGUAACACUGUUACCAUAUAGUAUAAAUAAAUACGUGUGUGUGUGUGUAAACAUACAUACAUAUAUAUGUAUAUUAAAAAAGCCAUAGUUUUACCUAAAGUGCCAACAAGAAAAAAAGGGAAUACUCAGACACUUGCGGUUCAGUGUUUACUCCUGAUGGAGACAUUCAGUCUAUUUGAAGCAUUUAUAUAUGAAGGUUGUUCUGAUUCUGAAGGAAAGGUACUGUCCAGUAUUUCUGUCCACUUUGUUGUUCAAGGGAACAGGCAGAAUGAUUAAUACAAUCAUUUUACACAUUGUUACUACCUGCAUUUGUAUUAUGCUGUCGUAUCAGUGACAUGCACUUUAACAAUACUAGACUUUUGCCUGUGAGAGCCUUAAUUCAUUAGACUGAAGCAAUGAAAACUAUGCAUUUUUCUUUCUUUUUUUUUAUUGACUAAAAAGCACAGAUGCAUUUUGUACCAAACCAAAUGUUAGCACUUAGCCAGAGAGAUAAGGGCGCCACCAAAUGAAGUGCAGAGUCGCCGACGUGGCGACUUCAUCAACACAUCUACCAAAGAAAAGUAUCGUUGUGGCCUUUGACCUUUGGCUGCCUUAAGUGUUUUAAUUGGUGGACAUUCCUCCAAGGUCAGUGUUCGUGUCCAACCACAGUCUGUUUGUCUGUCUUUGUAUUUCUAGACAAAACUAAAAACAACAAAAAAAAACAUAUUUUGUACUCACUAUACAUUAUGAUUUUAGUUUUAGUUUUUAUUACUAUUUUAGGGGAACGGGUGGGAUGUUUAACGGUAAUCAGUUUACAUAUGUAUUUUUUUAUACGUUCAUGAAUGAGUUUCUAUGAUUUUUUUUUUUUUUUGUGAUUAGAUUAUUAGUAUCUUUUACUUCCUUUUCGUUCCUGCCCCUUUCAAUCUGUGGAGCCGUGGCGUGGCUGUGCCAUCCGACAGCAGCAGAGGCGUGAGGCAGUUUGGCCGGAGCUCUAUAGGCCGGAGCUCUGAUUCUGUCUGCAGGCAUUUCUCUGUGGUUUGCCCUCUGUUUGUUUAUAGUGCAUGGUCUUUUGUCUGAUGUGUUAUUUGUCAGCGUCUGUCGGGCCUCCUCUGUGGCUCCCGCUGUCUGACUAAAUCUCAAUGCGCUCCUCCAUAUAUGCGGAAGAGGAGUCGCCUCGCUAGAACCGCCACGUGAUAUUUUUGUCUGUCUUUCUGUUCACUGGCUGUCGUGUUCAGAGCGAGGAGCGACCUCAUCGCCGAGCGAGCCGUGCCUUUGUGGUGAGAGGUGCCAGAAAAGUGCCAAUGUACAUAACUAGUUCUUCAGCAGGGAGAUAUUUCGUUAAGAAACACUAAUAUUUUUGGUCUGACCUUGCUCUCCAGAUAGGAGGUGCAUCACACAAAGAGCCAGUAUGUUCACAGCUGAGCAUGUGAGCGCUACCGCGAGACAGGAGUGAAGAAGACGAGCCGAGUCGUCGAAAGGGCCGUGAGAUCUAAGAUGAAAACAAAUAGAAGUCUGGAAUUUUCUAGUAUCAGCCUCGCAAUCAAAUAUCCAGAGAGACCAGGUUAAGCGUUGUUUAAUGAAGUCGCAGGAUUAUGCAUGCAGCAGCAUUUAUCAUUAAAGCUUGUGUUUGUUCUACGCUCCUAUAUUUUGUUUUGAAAAGGGAAACAUCCUUUUUUUGAACAGUUCAUUAACGUGGGAUCACUCCAGAGUGGGUUUUUUUUUCUUGCGUGUGUGAUGUUCCUCAGAUUUGUCUGAGGAUUUAGCCUAAGAGCCGAAUCAUCUUCCAAGGUCCGGAGCAUUUCGUAUCAAGUGCAAUUAAGUCUCUUUGUAGCUUGUUUUCUUUUUUGUUUCUGGAAAAGAUGUUUAUUUGUAGUGGAUUCAAUAUAAAAAGCUCAGACUGAAGAAUUUCUUAUCUUGGUUUAAAAGAGAAUACAGUGUUUGAAAUCUAUUGAGUAUGUAGAAGACACUUCUGAGAAUUCAAACAUUAACGUAGACAAAUCUGAUGGAACGUUCCUCAUAUCAUCUCGGAGAUAAGCCAGUCGCCUCUUUUAAUUUGCAGUAAUUCCUUUAAUUUGUUGUUUAUCAUGUUCACUUUAAACCACUUUCCAUCCUCCCUCCCAUCUGAUUAGAGCCGUUCUCAGUGGAUGUCACGAUAAUAACACUGCUCUGAAUAACACUCUGACACGGUUGCUGACGCCAACCAGAUAAUUGUCUCUCUCUUUCACCCCGUGUCUCACGUCCUGUCCGCCUCUUUGCUGUUGACUGCCCUACAGAGGCAAAAAGAAAAAGCCAAAGUAUAAGUGUGAAGAUAAAUAAUAUUGGGGCGGGGGGGUCUUUAUCCUGAGAGGAAAACCUGGGGCUGGUUCGCCCCCCACUCAUCAUGGUACUAGAUUUAAAUUGUUGAGCACUGAUUCUCCCAGUGCUGUGACUCGUGUUCCUGCCUAGCAGACAUUUGUUUUCAAGGUUCUUGUGGAGGUUCUUGUCUUAUCAAGUGAAUGUUGUUUCAAAAUAAAACAAAUAUCGAUGCAUGUUAUUGCAGAAUUAUCACGGAUCAGUGAAGGGACUCAUUAAGUCAAAAAAAGUUUACUGCCAAGCUUGUCAAUUCUUUGCCCUCGAUAGGAAAGUUUCACAAUUAUGUCUUUUGAUUUGUUGUGUUUAGUCACAGUGUUGUUCCCAAAGGGAUUUAUUCGAAGGAGUCUUCUGAACUGCAAUCAAAUGGUACAUUUAUAAUAAAUGUAAACCACUAGAGGAAAUGAUGUAUCGCAUAACGUUUGUACAACUUUUUUCAUCUUGUACAACCUUUUUGUUUUUGUGUGUGAGAAAAAGGUACAAUUCUGCACAAAGGUUCCAGAGGAGAAGAAUUUGUGUGUAAACAUUGCCAUGUGGCCAAAGCUCUGUUCACUGUUGUUGUUAUUCUGACUGUGUUGUAGUGCAGACAUAAACAGGAGAAACUGUCAAGCAGGCAAAAGGAGAUGUUUGUUCAAACAUUCAAAUGAUAUUAAGGUAAUAAAUGUAUGCAAACAAAA